AUGACUUCUUCCAAAACCGCUGUGUUGAUGCUUUUGGUUGCACUGUUGCUCAGUUCCGCCAUUGCUAGAUCAUCCCCCAACUCUUCUCCGUUUCCAUCACCUGCUAUUUCUCCCUCAGCUGACUCACCAGUGGCCUCUCCUUCACCAUCUGGUUCUCCCACUGCCUCUCCUGUUGUCGCUACAUCAUCGAUCUCUACCCCUCCAUCGCCUACUAUUUCUCCCCCUGCUGCUGCUCCUGCUAGCAGUCCUUCUCCUUCACCGUCUGCCAUCAACUCUCCACCAUCUCCUCAAGCUUCACCUGCAGCCACUCCUGCUAUUACUCCAUCGUCGAUCUCUAUCCCUCCAUCUAAAGCACCAUCAACGUCCACAAACGCCGCCGCCGCUUUGAACAGAUUUACAGUUGCCGGAUCUACUGCUGUCGUGGUUUUCGUUGCUGCUUUGAUGAUGUAG